AAUAAUUAGGUUCAUAAAAACUAAAAAGAAAGUUGGUAUAACGUACUAAUACCCCGUGACUAACAAACGAUUAACAUUACAGUCACUAAAAAACUAUUGUGACGUCACGCUACUCAACAAACGGAAAAGACAAAAUAUUUUUAAUAAAUCGCGAAACAGUAUCAACAUUAUACAAUAGAACACACCUGUCCUACUGAUAACAGUAUCACGAACGAUAAGAGUAUGUGUAUAUGGUUAAAAACUCAGAAACAUCAGUGAGCCGUCGCAUGCGCAAAGACGCACUCGCCACCAUGUCGAGAAAGACCAGACCAAAAGAGGAUGUCGAGCUCAGUGAAGUGAAAGUGGAGACUAUGAGGAGCAAGAAACGAAGAGACCCUGAACAAGAAAUCUCUAUUAAGGAAAAACCUGAUCUGAGAGUAACGAAAGCUUUAGACAAAUCUAAAAACUAUGCAUAUGACAAUAAAGCUUAUAUUGGUAGUGCGAACAGUGUGAAUGAUGUGCGGUCCCACGUGAGCCACGACCCCCCCACAGGUGUUUACCGAGAGCAGUACUGGGCCUGCUCCAAGUGGUCGUGGCCGAAGAAAGCGGUGGCCAUAGGAGUGGGAGUGCUGCUAGGAGCCGGCAUUGUUCUCCUUAUUUCCUUGUUGCUGACUAUGAACAAGGAAGGUGAAGACACCUUCUCACAAAUGUUCCUGGCUUCAGCUCCCGACUAGUGAAGAGGAAGGAGAUCCAUUGUGGUUUACAGUUCACGAUAUUAAUCAGAAAGUGACAAUUUGAAAACUAUGAAUUUGUCAGAUGUGAAUUACUCAGAAGCGUCAUAGGAGUGUCGCUGACCAGUUGGCGCUAGUGAGGUGUAAGUCUUAUGAGGCCCUAUGAUAUGCCCAGUGACCUUAGCCAUCAAUAAGUGCUAAAACAUAAAGAUAAGAACACUAGGAAUAGGGGUAAGAGGAAGACGAACGCUUAUUCCACUAAAGAUGGGUCAGACAGAUACCUACGCACAUUAAAUGUGCUAAAUAGCUAAAAAUGAGGAAUCUUUCUAUUGGACCAUAGAUUUACACCACAUUAGCACCUCCAAGAACGCAGUAACUCUCAUGUUUGUGUCUUAGAUUUAAGUGAAUUGUGAUCUACGUCAUAGAAAUAAGUAGGUGAAAGAGUGCACAAAUUCUUAAUUUUUUUUCAAUGAAAAAUCAAAGAGUUUGUAUGUUUCUUGAUAAGUUAAACCUAAUCCACUAGAAGCUACAGUGAUAUCGCCAGAAUGUUUUGAAAUUAUGGAUUGUUCAGGUUUCUUAUUUAAUUAAGUAAAUACUAGGACCCCGUGUUCAUAGUUCAUGAUCUCUGACGAUACGACUGAAAGACGUAUGGUGCCAAUUAUAAUGUUAGAAACUAA